GAGAGUUGCGCUUGGGAGUUACGCUGUGUCUGGUAUCGUAGCGGAGAGCCGGCCCCUCCUCCUUCCGUCACCAUUAGAACCAUAGGCAAGCUGAGGAAGCGCCGGGCGGCCGGCAGUAGCGGAGUGGCGAUGGCAGCGAUCCGGAAGAAGCUGGUGGUGGUCGGGGACGGGGCAUGCGGGAAGACGUGCCUGCUGAUCGUCUUCAGUAAGGACGAGUUCCCCGAGGUCUAUGUGCCCACCGUGUUCGAGAACUACGUGGCCGACAUCGAGGUGGACGGCAAGCAGGUGGAGCUGGCCCUGUGGGACACGGCGGGCCAGGAGGACUAUGACCGCCUCCGGCCCCUCUCCUACCCGGACACCGACGUCAUCCUCAUGUGCUUCUCGGUGGACAGCCCGGACUCGCUGGAGAACAUCCCGGAGAAGUGGGUGCCGGAGGUCAAACACUUCUGUCCCAACGUGCCCAUCAUCCUGGUGGCCAACAAGAAGGACCUGCGCAACGACGAGCACAUCCGCAACGAACUGGCCCGCAUGAAGCAGGAGCCCGUCCGCACCGACGAUGGCCGCGCCAUGGCCAUCCGCAUCUCCGCCUACGAGUACCUGGAGUGCUCCGCCAAGACCAAGGAUGGCGUCAGGGAGGUGUUCGAGACUGCCACCAGGGCGGCGCUACAGAAGAGGCACGGCCCCAGCGGGGAGUGCAUCAGUUGCUGCAAGCUGCUAUGA